GCAGGAUAAAUCGGCGACCGAGCACAGAGGCGGGCUCUGCAAUGUGGCGCGUAAUCCGAAUUUAGCGAGGCGGCGGAGACGCCGGGCUCGCUGCAGAAGCCAGAUACCAUGCGUCACUCACGAGCAGGCCCGAGCCCCAGGAGAGGUUCCACCACUUCGCCUCGACGCCGCGGACCAACAUCUCCACGGCGAGGACAACCACGGACAUCUCCACGACAACGCCCCCGGGCGGCGCCUGCUGAAGGACGGCCAGUGCGGCGGCGAAGAUACCGGCCCGGCCAGCGGGCCAUGCUAGAGAUCCGGAAGUACCAGAAGAGCACCAACCUGCUCAUCCAGAAGCUGCCCUUUGCCCGUGUGGUGCGUGAGAUCUGUCUGGACUACACUCGAGGAGUUGACAUGCAGUGGCAGGCGAUGGCUUUGCUUGCCUUGCAGGAGGCUGCUGAAGCAUUUCUUGUACACCUGAUGGAGGAUGCCUACAUCUGUGCCAUUCACGCCAAACGGGUCACCCUCUACCCCAAGGAUAUACAGCUGGCUCGGCGGAUUCGUGGCAUUCAGGAAGGAUUGGGUUAGAGCCCCUUCUCCUUCCCCUUGGUUGGAGGAUCUGUCUCCCGAGACUGAAAGUUGAGAAAUCACCCUGGUGGGGG